UUGACAUUUGUCAAUUUCAGGUCAAUUGUCAAAUUGCGGAAAAUUUGUUUAUUGUAAAAAUUUUGUAUUAAAGAAAAUUUAUUAACUUAAAAAGAAUGAGGCGACGGGCAGGUGUUGGAGCUAUACAAAAACAACGAUUAGAACAAGAGAAAUACAGAGAAAAAGGUUCAGAAAUCCAAGAGAAUCAGUUUCAACAGAUGUCAAAACAACUAGAUGUGUUUAGAGAGAAUUUAGAAGAAUUUGCAUUGAAACACAAAAACGAGAUAAAGAAAAACGCUCAGUUUAGAAGACAAUUCCAGGAGAUGUGUGCGGCAAUUGGUGUGGAUCCUUUGGCAUCGGGGAAAGGAUUUUGGUCCGUUUUAGGAAUUGGUGACUUCUAUUAUGAAUUAGGGGUGCAAAUAGUUGAAGUAUGUUUGGCAACAAACUACAAAAAUGGAGGACUCAUUACCCUGGACGAGCUACGUACGAGACUCAUAGCAGCCAGGGGAAAAGCUAAGAAACAUCAGGAGAUCACCAAUGAGGAUUUGUUGGCUGCAGUGAAGAAACUAAGGAUAUUUGGAAAUGGGUUUACAGUUGUUCCCAUAGGCAAAGGCAAAUGGUUGGUUCAGUCAGUGCCCGGAGAGCUGAACCUGGAUCAAACAUUGGUGCUACAGAAGGCAAGUUCACUGGGCACAGCUUGGGUUUCAUUGAGCAUCCUUACUGGAGAUUUAGGUUGGAAUGAAACACGAGCUCAAAAUGCAUUAAACCACAUGGUGAAAGAAGGUUUAGCAUGGGUGGAUACUCAAGAUGCCAAUGAGACAUUAUAUUGGUUCCCAAGCAUGUUUGCUGAAUGUGUAUCAGCAUAAGAGCAACUUUAUUUCUGAAGAAUAAGGUACAAUAUACAAUUUUGUGAUAAUAUAUGUGUGUAACAAAUCAUAUUUGUAAUAAUCAAAUAAUGAAAUUAAAAUAAAUAUUUAUUUGUUAC